AUGCGGCGAACUAGUGAAGCUCUCCGCCUGGCUGUAUUUGCUGCCUUCAGUUGUGGCCUCCUCCGGCCCGGUCUCGUUUUGGGUCAAGAGACCGAUAUCAUCUCAUCUCCGGCAACAAGCACAGCCAAUGCCCCCAGUCGUAUCGACUUCUCCUCGGCGGUGCAUUUGGCGUCCUCCAUUUCAUGGAGCUUGCAUCAGCUUUCAACUAUUCCGGCACUCCCCUUGCCAACUAACAUCAGUGCUGUCCCUGAGUAUGAGAUCGUCAGUAGACUUGCUCCUGCCCUGCCGCCUGUACAAGCCGGGGUUAGCUUUGGCCCAGUCAAUGACAUGAUUGCCGGCAUGAUCGCCUCAACAAAUGUGUCCAGCCCAGGCCUAAUCUGGCAGUUCUUCAACCAGAAUGGUAUCGACGUUGAAAUGGUUGGACCCUAUAAAGGCACGGUACCGCCGGAUCCACCGACAGCACCCUCCCCUCCAGCUCUCUAUGGAAAACCAGUUCCUUUUAGUGCACCUAAAACAUCCGGUGGCUAUGCUGCAGACGUAGACGAAGCAUUCUUGUCAAACUGCAACCACUUUUCUGCAUGGCCUGUUGCGGUCGACAAAGGAUUAAUCGAGAGUGUUCUUCAGUCAACACCCGCAGAUCUCAUUCUCUUUAUGCUCGGCUUUAAUGACAUGGGCUGGUUCUACAGCGACGCUGCCGGCACACUGGAUAGUGUCGAUGCAUUUGUCACUAACGCCCGAGCUUCGAAUCCUAACGUCAAGAUUGCCAUGGCUGACGUUCCUCAGAGGAGUUUCAUUCAGGGUCGCAAUGACCUCGUGAAGAACACAGAGAUAUACAACAAGCUGCUUCCAGAUUAUAUAUCUAAGUGGUCCACUAAGCAAUCCCCAAUUCAUUUAGUACCACUUGCGGAGAACUAUGACUGUCAACCCAGUGGCUGCCCUGCAGGUACUGAUGGCUUGCACCCCAAUGCUGAGGGCGAGUUCCAGAUCGCUAGCAUUUUCUCCAAAACGUUAGUGAAGGAUUUCAAUCUUGGCAAGGAUCCUGUUCAGGUUCCUGGCCAGGGCGACUCAGCUUUGGCCCGAGCCUUACCGCAACCAUCCAACUUCCGUGUCUUUUCUUCUCCCCAGGGUGUCACCGCCACCUGGGAUCCAGGCAAUUACGAUGUUACAGUUUCCAUUAAUGGUGGCGCCAACACAUACUCUCCAACAACCACCCUAUCCAACAGAUGGGACUCGCAGUGGCCGCUUGAAGGCUGGACAUACACCGUUUCUGUGCGAGCUCGCUACGGGGACUACUCCGUAGGCCCGUAUACUUCAAAGCUAUCGGCGAAGGCCACUCCGAAACUUUCCGAUCCGCCGCAGAACGUCAAAGUAGAGCCUGGUGAUGAUGGGUUCACUGUAACAUGGGAUCCUCCAACUGGAUCAAAUACUGACUCGAUUGUCGAAUACAACAUCUUGUAUUGGGAUUGGAGCCCAGACGACUGCGAGAUAAUUACCGGUGCAGCUUUCACGAGCUCACCUGCAGUUAUCAAGGGGCUUACUCCUGGUCGGAACUAUCUGAUCGCCCCCGUGACUUGGAACGAAAACGGCCAAGGUCUACCCUUUUUCGCCAACAACGUUGUGCCAGGUGCUGGAACACCACCGGUUCCUUCUGAUCUCAAGAUUCUGUCUACAGACCCCACCACUGUUCACAUUACUUGGACCGGGUCCGACUCCGCUGGAGGUUAUCAUGUCUGGAACCGGAACGUCAACGAAAAAGAUAGCAAGUUUGCAAUCGUUGCCAACGUUACCGGUUCGACCUGUCUUGACGACUUUCUACUCUUCCCGGGCACAUGGAACUAUGAGUGGUGUGUUUCUGCUUACAACGGAAAUGAGGAAUCACAACAAGGGCCAGCCAAGCUCGCACCAUCUGUUGCUUCAGGCGAUAAAGAUAGUCCUGGUCCAACGUGUCCUGCGGCGGCAGCUUGGUGUCCUGGUGGAGGCGGCGUCUCGGUUCCGCCUGGCCAGAGUGGCACACUUCCGCCCACAACAGUUAUCCAGACCGUCACCACCAACGGCAUGACGCUCACUAUCACCUCUUUACCAACUUCCACAGACGACGAUGUGACUUCAACAAUGACAACAGUUCCGCCUGGGGUCUCCCUUGAAGAUUUCACUGAUUUUCCAGUCACUACUAACAUCUGGAUCACAACAACCGGAAGCGACUCAUCGACAACAGUCGUACCUGUCAUUUUGCCUUGUCCCACCUGUGAGCCAGUGGUAGUCUGGGACACACCCGAGAUUCCACGGGUGAAGUUCAGGUGGCCCAAGUUUCCGGAAUUGCCUACCUUCCAUUUGCCAUGCGUCAAGGUCUUUGGUGUCAAGGUUGCGGGCCAGUGUCCCAAGCCUGAAGGGCCGGCGCCUGUAAACGAUGAUCCUCCUCCACACCCAAGACCCUCCGGUAACCCCCCUGAUACCGAGGCAGAUCCUUGUGAUUUUGACUCCAGUUCCGGUAUGUGCGAUAACGGGAACUAUCCUGUCUAUGAUGCAAGCUCAAAUACAAUCAACUGUGAUGUUCCAAGCGAUGAAAUUGGCUCCAAGAUCACUUCUUGCCAACGGAAGAUUGACAGCAAGAUGGAUGCAGUCAAGAGGUACUUGAAGGGCGAGACGUCGUGUUGUCCGAUAUCUUCCAAAGCCAAGCGUCAAGACUCGGAGGGGUAUUUCCCAUCCUUAAUCAACCGAGGCCUAGAUUCAUUAGGCUUCAGACGGGACAGACGUGGAAGUGACUUCUGUCCCGCCAAAAAUGAAGACCCUAGGAAACCAGAUGAAGGCAAAUGCCUCGCUACUUAUACAUGUCCGCAUGAUAUCUAUCCGAACGUCUGCGGCAAUGCGAAAUCAGCCAUUGAAGUUCGGGGGGCGACAUCUAUUCUGACCCAUGCAAAGGGAUCGAAGGUCCAUAUCACAAAGCGCUGGUACAAAGGUCAUUACACUGCUAAGAGCAAAGAUAGGCCAAAAGGCGGUUGGAAGCUCCAGGGAUGCGAAGUGGAAGAAUACCCUUUUGGUUCUGGUAAUCCCGAUCGCUCAAAAGACGCUGAAGCCGUACUUCGGCUGAUCCCUGGUGGCCCUUGGAAUGAGAAGUUGGAAAAUCAGCUCGCCGGUGAUCAUCUGAGACAAUGGCUCGAGUCAGUGGCGAAGAAGUACAACACUUUCCAGGAGAAAGAGACAGGGACAAACCCAAAGAUCGAUACUGAUGGCAUCGUGUAUUGCGUUGAGUUCGAUCCCAGCUUUACCAAGUACCUGCCGGAAGACUUGGUGGAUGAAAACUUCUGUGCCGCCAGGUACGGGCCAGAGUUCACCUUGGUCAAUAACCUCGUGGUCAACAAAGUCCGCACAUGGGAUCCGUGGUUCGACGUGCCUGACACCGACCGCAAGAAACCGGAGCUCAUGUACUACCUCGACUCUAAGGACAAGAUGGUGAAGAACCCUACAGACGAUGAUUAUGCAGUCUACGCGCUCGUACCUCCAACAUAUUGCCGUUAUCCUUCACCAGGAAAGUAUGACUGGGACCAGGGUACAAAUUCAUGGAAUUUGGACUCUGAUUAUCAAGCCCUAGGCAGACAGGAUAACAUCGUGGCAAAUCAGAGGUGUACUGACCCGCCAGCCAAUACUGCUGACGACGAUGGAGCUCUUGUAAAGCGCAACGACAGUCAUAUUCAGGCCAGAGCAAAUAUUCAAGAACGGACGCAUGCUCGGGACUUGGCUGGCAGACAAGGUUCGUCCGGAGGCUUCCUAGAUGCGAAUGUCUACAAAUGGUUGGGCUGUAGUCAAGAUGGUGACGACGGGGAGGAGGAUGACGCAGACGGCGACCCUUGCGAUGACGACAGCAACCCUUGUGGAGAUGAUGAUGUGGAUUUCCCCGAUGAUGCAGACCCAAGCCUCGAUCCUCUUCCCGCCUCGGGCGUCACCACCCGCCCCGUCACGCUGCAGCCUCAUCGCACAACAACGGCUCCAUCGUAUGUCUCUUGCAGCACGCACAACGCUGACCCUGACGGGGGUAUAGCCAGAGGCUACUGCGUCUGCUCAGGCUCAACCUUUGCACUCUCAACUGAUAGCAAUGUCACGCCUGCUAACAGAUGUGCCUACACGUCACCUCUGCCCAAGACGACAAUCUCGGUCUCCCAGCUCCCCACCGGCCCUACUGAUUCAACUCCAUCCCCAUCGCCAUCGCCUUACGUCCUGGUUAUUUACACUAGAGAGAUCGAGGUCGCAGGACACGGAGGCGUGACCGAUACGUGGUGGUGGGACUGCAGGCCUUUCAACAAGGGCGACCAGCCAGAUAUUGAUGUCUGUGCCAUCAAGGAUAACCCAAUAGCUUAUAGUACCGCCGUUGGGCGAGCUUCACCAGCGCUGUAUCCGACGUCGUUGGCUACCUUUAGCCUCCACGGCCAUGCGUCUUGCUCUUACCAGGGACCAAACACGGCGACGGUUGGCAGCGUGGUAUGUGAUGAUGGACUCACCGCAAAGUGCACAGCUGCGCCCAAAGCUUCGCAAACUACUUUCGUUGAUUGCACUGAUGGGGACGAGGUCCAAAAUGGCCUUGCCAGAGAUUUGUAA